AUGGGCGAACAGAAUAAAUUAGACGAAGUAAACAAAGUUCAAUCAACCAAAUCGAGAACAAAGGGGGGUGGAGCACGGAACAAAGCAAACUAUGGCAAAUUCAAACAAGACUCAACACAAAACAAAGCGUGUGGAUAUUGUGGUAGAAAGCACAAGUUUGGACGAGAAUCGUGUCCAUCGUGGGGUGAGACGUGUAAUUCGUGCGGAAAGCAGAAUCAUUUCGCAAAGCAAUGCAGACAACGCAGGAGAGACAAUACGAACCAAGUGAAAGAAGCAGACUCGAGCUCCGACUCCGAGUACAUCGAUAGCGUGACUGUGAAACCAGAUAAGAUAAGCUCGAUUAGUCAACAACCAUCGAAAGAAGUAUACGCUAAAAUGAUCGUGAGAGGCAACCCGGUUAAAUUCCAUGUCGAUUGCGGGGCAACGGCAAACGUGUUACCUAUAAAGUACUUAGCGGGUGAAAACAUCGAACCGACAGAUAAAACUCUACAGAUGUGGAACAAGACAGAAUUAAAGCCAAAGGGAACUUGCCGUCUUACAAUAAGAAAUCCGAAAAAUGAUAAGAAAUAUUCCGUAGAAUUUAUGGCAGUUCAAGAGAAUUUGACACCAUUACUCGGGGCUAAAGCGAUUCAACGCAUGGGAAUUGUCGAAACACAUAAUGAGAACUUUGAACAAGUAGCCCAGGUAAAUUCAGGAAUCAAAGACACAACAAGUACACAGUCAACAACGACAGUGAUGAACCGAAUAAUUGAAGAAUUUGCAAACGUGUUCGAAGGAGAAGUGGGUACGCUAGAAGGAGAACAACAUCUCGAAGUAGAUCCAACGGUACAACCGACGACAGCGCCAUCAAGACGAGUGCCAUUUGCCGUAAAAGCAAAGGUGAAAGACGAGUUAAUGCGACUAACGAAUCUUGAGGUUAUACAGCCAGUUGAUGAACUCACAGUCUGGGUCAGCAAUAUGGUCGUGGCAACAAAACCAUCUGGUGAACUACGCAUCUGCAUCGAUCCCAAACAGCUGAAUAAGGCCCUCAAACGUGAGAGGUAUCCCAUACCAGUCAUUGAAGAUGUGAUGCCAGAUAUAGCCAAAGCCAAAGUUUUUACAAAGGAAGAACGCGCGGAAUGGCUAUUGGCACGUCAUGUUGGACGAAGAGUCCAGUAG